UGACCGCCUGGGCACGCGCGUGCGCGGAGUCGGGUUCAGCGGCUCUGAGACUUCCGAGCGAGCGCAGGCGUGCGGGGCCGGUUGGAAUCUCCUUUGGCCAAUGUCAAGUUUCUCAGUGAGAGCUUCCUCCUUUGCCCGGAUGUCCAAGAUUCUGCUUCCUACCCUGUCCAAGGACCUGUCUUUGCACAACAAGAACAGCCCAGAAUCCAUGGACAAAAGUUCUUCUUCCAUCACUGAAGAAAAAAAGAAACAUGAGAAAAAAAGCAAAGUGUCCAUGAUGCUUCCCGACCGUUCAGAUAAUCCCUUCCACAUGUCCGAGGAUGUGGAUUUCUUCUUGCUCAGAGAUAAGGAGCGGAAUAAGUCUCUCGCAGAUCGAGAGAAGAAGAAGAUGCUUCGGGUGCAUGAGAAGAUGACGUCCUCUUCCAAAGUGUCAGCCAAGCAUGCCAGCCUGCGGCGCGAGCUGCAGCUGGAGGAUGAGAUGGAGGACCUGGAGGUGCAGGCGCACGCCGAGCAGCUGCGCACCUUCCACGACCAGAUGGCCUGGAAACUCUCCAAGACCCGAGACAAGGUGGAGCCUGAGAACAUCAACAGCUACAUCAGCCUGAGGCGGCAGAUGUUCCUCAUCCAGGUAGGCCGGCUGCCCCUCAGGCUGUGGGCGGCCCCUGUGAGGGGGCAACUCCUGUUCCUGGGCCCUCAGUAUGCCCUAGACGUGAAGCAGAAUGAGAUCCAGCGGCUGGAGAGUCUGAUGACCAGGGAGGAGGCCGAGCUGGAGCAGGCAGAGAGGUUUCUGGAGAAGGACGCUGCUCUGUUUGACGAGUUCCUCAGGGAAAAUGACCGCAGCUCUGUGCAGGCCCUGAGAGUGGCUGAGAAGGAGUCUAAAGCUAAGAUGGAGAAAAUCGUCGAGAUCCGCGAUCUGACCACCCAGAUCAUGAACAUCAAAAGUGAAAUCUCCAAGUUUGAAGACACUCUGCAACAUUACAAGGUCUACAGGGACUUCCUGUACAAGCUGUCACCCAAGGAAUGGUUGGAAGAACAGGAGCGAAAGCGCCUGGCACUCAGAAAUGCUAAGGAGGCGGUCGAGACCUUCAAGGAGAGCGUGCUGUUCUCCCAGCUCGGGGACAGAGAGCCCCGGGGUUCAGCCCACAAGUUCACUCCUGGGAGAUGGGACCAGUUCUCAAAGCCAAGCUUCCUCCUGCAGCAGAGGCUGGACAGUUUGGGGGGUCCUGGGGAACUCUGUGCCCCUGAGCCAUCAGGGUCCCCUCCCUUGCUUCCUGUAGGACCUGGGAUCAAGGGCAAGACGGGCUUCAGAGGUACGUGGCUUCCCCAGGCUGGCGGGGCCCUACCUCAGGCAGGGCAGGUGGACACCUUUCCUCUGCUUCCUCCAGAGUGGCAGGGCUCAAAGAAGCCUGCCAAGCUCCUGCAGGUGAUGCAGCUGCGGCAGUUCCUGUCUGGCACUGCCAACCCCCAGCAGGGCAACCAGCCCAGCAUGCCUGGCGGGCUGGACCCCAAAAGGUCCAGCUCUGCCCUCCCAGUGCAGGAGGACCCAGACAGCGACGGGGAGGUCAGUGCCCCUCUGCGGGGGUGGGGCGAGGAGCCCGCCACUGUCCACACCCACAUGUGGCUCUGGUUGCAGGAGCUGGAGCUGUACUUCACGGAGCCCCAGCAGCUCCUGGAUGUCUUCGUGAAGCUGGAAGAGCAGAACCUCUCGCUGAUCCAGAACACCCAGGAGACGGAGGAGGCCUUGGAGGAGCUGAGCUUCACCCUGAAAAACACCCAGAUCCGCAUGGACAGGGAGGUCAACCAGCUGAAGCAGUGGAUCACCACACUGAUGAUGUCCAUUGCCAAGGAGGAGGAGACGGCCGCCGAGCUGGAGCUCAAAGCCCGCGUCUUCCAUUUUGGCGAGUACAAGGGUGAUCAAGAGGACAAGCUUCUGGAGAGUCUGAACCGCAAGGUGCUGGACGUGUACCGGCACUGUGUGGGCGGCCAGCAGGAGUCCAGCCUGGGCACUGUGCAGAUGCUGGCCACCAUCGAGCACCAGCUGGAUGAGCUGCUUGAGAACCUGGAGCAUGUGCCCCAGGCCAAGAUCGAGCAGGCUGAGAAGACCAAAGAGAAGGAACGACGAUUAAGACUCCGGGAGGAGAAGGCGAAGUUGCAGAAGGAGCUGCAGGAGGAGCGUCUUCAGCGGGCACAGGCUCGGGCUCAGGCAGAGAUCAAGAGGAAGAGGGGCCGGAGACUCCUGUGCCGCUCCCGGCCGCCCGCUCAGAAGAUGAAGGCACCGUCUGAGCGUGAGCUGCUGGACAAGGACAACGAGGAGCAGCUGUUCUUCUUCACCUAGCCUGUGGGCUGCCGCCGCUGACGGGGACGGAGAGGCAGACGGCGAGCGGCCGGGAGCAGAGGCAGGGCUGGGGGCGGGGCGUGGGCACUGGCGACUGUCACCGAAGCCCUUGCCCCUCAUGCUGCCCCUUCCUUCUCCUGUGAAAUAAACGCGUGUCUUUCUGGUGC